GUGAGGCAGAGCAAUUGGAGGCAGGUGGAGCGGGAAAGACACGAGGAAAAGAAAUCCGGUGAUUGGAGAACAAAAUCAGUGUGAGAGAAGAGGUGAUUAGCUGCACUAGAGAGCUGAGCUGGGGAGGAGUUUGCAGUCUCAGGGAAGCCCAGCUGCCGAUUGAGAGAGGGGAAAGAAGCUGAGCUUUGAAUUUGGAGAAUCCCAACCUAGCUGAGUUUGAAGUGCAGGAGGGGCCUUUACAUUGAUUAGCGGGUUGUAGGUAGCAAAUAUGCCACAGUCAUGGCUUCGGCCCCUUUUCUUCCGAAACAGGCUUCAUACAUUUAGAGUACUGGACAGAAGCAUCCCUUCUCCACAAACCCAUGUGAAAAUUUUCAGCAGUUACUCAAUUCCCAGGACAUACCAUCAUGGGCAUGCUAGCAGUCAAUUCUUUGGAUCUUUUGUUGAUGCCACCAUGGUCAAUGGAUAUGGAGUUCCUCAUCAUUGUUUCAGCUGCUUGGCUGUUCACAAUGUAGUUCAAGCUACUAGGGGAUUUUGCUCACAGGCAGAAAAUCAGUUGUUAGAUUCCGUCUGUGAUUCCUCCAAUGGCGUGAUGACUGAGCAUUUGGAGACAUUUGAUGUUCAUGCUCAGGAUGUUAAGGUUGUCUUCAAGAAACCGAUUGAUUUCACUAAAAUCGACGUUGAUCUGCUCCCUACUGUCAUGAUUGUUGGCCGCCCAAAUGUUGGAAAGUCAGCGCUGUUUAACAGGUUGAUAAGGAGGAGAGAAGCACUUGUGUACAACACACCUGAUGAUCAUGUCACGAGGGACAUAAGAGAAGGAAUUGCUAAAUUGGGUGAUUUGAGGUUUAGGGUAUUUGACUCAGCUGGCUUGGAAACAGAGGCAGCUGCGGGGUCUAUUCUGAAUAGAACUGCUAGCAUGACUGCUAAUGUGUUAGCAAGAAUUCAGUUUGCAAUAUUUCUAAUAGAUGUCAGAACUGGACUACAUCCCUUGGAUCAGGAAGUGGGAAAGUGGCUGCGUAGAUAUGCACCUGGAAUCAAGCCUAUAUUGGCAAUGAAUAAGUCUGAAUCACUUCAUGAUGGUAAUGGCUCUCUCACCGAAGCUUCUGAAGAAGCCCAGUUGUUAGGAUUUGGGGAACCUAUUGCAAUAUCUGCUGAGACUGGUCUGGGUAUGACAACUCUUUAUGAAGCUCUUCGGCCUUUGCUUGAGGAUUAUAUGAUCAAAGUUUUAAAUGACAGGGGCAGCCAAGAAGAUGGCUCCAUGAAGGUUGGUGGUGGCUCUAGUGAGAUUGAUGAAUCUAAGGUUCCAUUGCAGUUAGCUAUUGUUGGACGACCCAAUGUGGGUAAGUCAACUUUGCUGAAUACAUUAAUACAAGAAGAUCGCGUUCUGGUUGGUCCAGAAGCUGGUUUGACUAGAGAUUCAGUAAGAGCACAAUUUCAGUUCCAUGGGAGAACAAUAUUUUUGGUUGACACUGCCGGUUGGUUGCAGAGAGCAGAUCGGCAGAAGGGACCAGCAUCAUUGAGCGUCAUGCAAUCAAGAAAGAAUCUGAUGAGGGCUCAUGUAGUUGCUCUAGUUCUUGAUGCUGAAGAGAUUGCAAAUGCAAGGCGUAGUAUGACGCAUGCAGAAGUAGUUAUCGCAAGGCGAGCAGUUGAAGAAGGGCGUGGUCUGGUUGUAAUUGUUAACAAGAUGGAUCUUCUGAGAGGGAAAAGGAAUUCUGCACUGUAUGAGAAGGUCAAAGAAGCUGUUCCUCAAGAAAUUCAGAGUGCAAUACCUCAGGUGACAGGAAUACCAGUUGUAUUCAUUUCAGCCUUAGAAGGAAAGGGUCGUGUAGCUGUUGCUGUUAUGCGUCAAGUCAUGGAUACAUAUGAAAAGUGGUGUUUAAGAUUACCCACUGCUCGUCUUAACCGUUGGUUGCGUAAGGUUAUGAGUCGGCAUUCCUGGAAAGAUCAGGCUGCACAGCCGAAGGUGAAGUAUUUCACCCAGGUAAAAGCCCGGCCACCCACUUUUGUGGCCUUUAUGAGUGGAAAGAUGCAGCUCUCAGAUACGGAAAUCAGGUUUCUAACAAAGUCUUUGAAGGAAGACUUUGACUUGGGUGGCAUUCCUAUUCGGAUCAUGCAGCGGUCUGUGCCUAGAAAAGCUGGAGGUAGCAGCAGCAAGGGGAGUCAAUUGGGUGGAAGAACAUUGGAAAGGCCCCUGUCUGACAAGAGAAGUGUCCUUGCUUAAGACUAUGGCAACUUAACAUUGCUGGAGGCCCAAGUUUUUGUAUUGUUUGAAGUUCUGAUCGGCAAAUGCAACAUGGUUUAUUUCAAAGCAGUUUCUCAUCGCUGCAUCUAUAAGAUGUUUCUGCCCUGUGCUUUUGAGUGUGAGGAGGACUGGUUUUCACUUUUAACUGCAUCCAUACACUUGGGCCUUGGCUAGCAAAUAACAUGGCUGCCUGACUAGAUUUACUCUUCAUUUUCUAGCUGUUGAAUUUCUCACAGUUAGACUACAAUUUUCUGUCCAGAUCCAUGCUGAUACCUAUAUAUGUGAUUCUGAUCAUUAGAUGAUAAUUUCCUUCUAUGUGUUAUUGAACUGAUUAUUACAUAGUCUACAAAAUUCAUCAGUUAGUCAAUUAUGACAGAACGCUGUGUUAUCUGAGAACUUUUAUUGCCUCACAUCCUCUCCUUGUCAUUCAGCAUUUUAAUUCAUUUCCAUGCUUAGAAAAUUUUAAAAUAAUGUGAAAUUUUGACCACCUAUUUAUGUUGGAACAAUCAACUUGCCCACGCAACUGCCAUUGAAUGGGGGAAAGAUUAAUCCUUGGUUUGUGAAUUUGUGCCAAUUGUAUUUGUUUGAAUUGGCCCUUUGUUUCCCCUGUUGAAAACUUGCAGUUAUUAAUGUAUGUUUCUCUCUGAUAAAGUAGGACUACAAGGCUGUUGAGUCAGACAAAUGUCACAAAUCUCAUUUCAAUCAUUAUAUUUGUUGGAAGUGGGCUGUUGUUCAUACCUUUUACGUCAUGCUAACAACUAUUGUUUUCCUUCUGUUCAUGACAUUCAUUUGUGAUGCUUCCUAUUGUGCUAAAAUGUAUGGAUUGUGGUGUGAAACUUAACCUUGUGUUAAUUUGCCUGUUGAGGGGUGCCUCCUGAGCACUUCCAGGGCCUGUAUUGGGCAUUAAAUUUGCUAGGGAUGGGAUGAAGUGAUUCAUGGUUGCUUGCUGUUGCUUUUCUACUUUGGUGCAAGAUUUGGACUUGGUAAGAAUGAAAGGAUGAUGGUGACUGUAAAUUGAACUCUUAACUGAUUCCUCCUUCCAAAUUGAUGGUAUUACAUUUAGUUUUUAAUGGUAACAAGCACUUUAUUUUAGAUUUGUAGAAUGUUAUUCUGCAAAGUUCAAUAAUGCUUUUAUUCCAUUUCUUCCAAUUUUCCCCAGUUCCCAGACCUUUAAUAGAUUUGUAAAAGUCUCAUAGACACUACCUAGCUUGCUUGUGUUCCUUAUUGUUCCAUAGAAAUGAUGAGAUUGGAAUGCAGCUAGUGUCUACGUACAAGGUGGCAUAAGAAAGGUCAUUUCCAUGGUUUAUAGGCAAGAAUCCACGUUUAGCAUCUGAUUUUAGUGGCUGGUGUUUGUUUCCUUCUUUAUGUCACAGGAGAUUGUUAGGAGAUGAUAGCAUUGCAACUGAUGGUAUACGUGAUGCAACCAUCAGCCAUUUCAGCCAUACUGUUGCAAUCUACCAUAUAGUAUUUGGUCAAUGAGUUCCUUUCCAUUCUUUGCAUUAGAAAACCAUCUGUCAUAAUGUUGCAAUCUUAGUUGCCUGUUUUUUAU